GCAUCCUCGGUUAGCUCCUCCAGGCAGCCUCCUCGCUCCUCGCUCCUCAGACCAGAAAUAAGAGCUUUGGGACGAUCAUCAGCAUGGCGGACCGGAGCGACUUCCUGGUCGAGUGAGGAUCGAGGGUCCGAGGAACCAUAAAAUAAAGGAAUUGGGAUUCGGCUUAUGAGACGUGGCAACACAUGACGUCAUCAAAGUGGGUCGGUGGUUAUUCAUGGGUGUUCAAUUAGCAGUGCAGGUAUAAAGUACCCUAAUACCGUAUAAGGCCAAGAAGAUGAUGGAAGAGAGUCGGGUUGAGAGUACACCUCCUGCCAGCCCUACACCGCCUCUGACUUUGGCUGCCACAGUCAUUGCGCCUCCAGUGACCAAAGGUCUGUCCAGCCCUCUGACCCUGCCAGGCACCAGCUCCAUCUCCACUGGGUCCUCCCUGGGAUCCACUGAUGGCCCCCAUGUUACCUCCCUCCCUGCAUUCAGCAGUCCUGUGCCUGCACCACCUUCCCUCUCUUCCCAGUUUCUCACUCCCACCACGCUCCCCUCCCCCUUCACCAGCACCCCGUCAUUGCCUGCUCCCUCAUCUUUGCAUCCUCUAACCUCCUCCAUUGGACCAACUGGCCCCUCAGCUCCUAGCAUGUCAGCCCCUCCUAUAGGCCCCUCUGUAUCCAGCUUCUCCAUGAGUGCAGGAUAUGACAUCACACGGGGUCAUGCUGGUCGAACACCACAGACACCAUUGAUGCCAACAUUCACCAGUCCUGUGACCAUGCCAGGUGUAGUGCCCAACGCCAUGGUUCAGGAGCCAUCCCUAACUGCAGCACGAGGAUCUCCCAUCACUUUCCCAGAGGAGCAGGAGGAUCCCAGAGUGUCCACAGACGUUGGCUCCAGUGGAGGCAUCUGGGGAUUUUUCAAGGGAGUAGCAGGAAACACUGUAGUCAAGACUGUCCUGGACAAAACCAAACACUCUGUGGAGUCCAUGAUCACCACUCUGGAUCCAGGCAUGGCUCCAUACAUCAAGUCUGGUGGUGAUAUUGACAUUGUAGUGACUUCAGAUACAGAGAGGAAUGUGGAGGCUGUUAGAGAUGCCUUUCAGGAGGUUUUUGGGAUGGCCAUGGUCACUGGAGAGCCCGGCCAGUCCAACAUCGCCCCACAGCCUGUGGGCUAUGCAGCUGGUAUCAAGGGGGCUCAGGAACGUAUUGACAGCCUGCGUCGAGCUGGUGUGAUCCAUGAAAAGCAGCCAGUGGUCUCUUUGGAAAACUUCAUUGCGGAGCUCUUUCCAGACAAGUGGUUUGACAUUGGCUGUUUGAUCCUGGAGGACCCUGGUCACAACAUCCACAUCGAGGUCUUCACUCAGGCAACUCCUCUGGCUCUAGAUCACGUGCAACAGGCUCAGGCUUUGACCGCUCCUGACUACAGCCUGCGCUGGUCAGGUCUGACUGUCACGGUGGGUGAGGUCCUGGAGCGCAGCCUGCCCAACAUCAACAGAACAGACUGGCAUCAGGCUGCGACAGGCAUGAACCAGCGUCAGAUGAUCCAGAGUGCUGCCAAAGCUCUUGCAGGAAUCUACAAACGGCAACUGCCACCCAGGACUGUGUGAGACUGAAGGGUUCCAGUUUUUGUUACAUACUGGGAGAUAGGUGGAGACAUUUUGGAGUCAAAACUAGCUGAUGGGACAGCAAGGUUCCUCAUAGCUCCCUGUCACAUCUCAUCUGUCAAACCAAAUCCACAUUUCUUUAAAUAUACUAUUGGUUGUGCACAUGUCAGCAGAGUUUUAUUGAAAGCCCAUCACAUAUCAGAUAAAUACUCUAUUGCCAAGUCAGGCUUUAAAGAAAACCUAACUAGAAAUGGAUCAUCUUUUCAUCAUCCCUGAAAUAUUUUUACAUAUAUAUUAAAAUCAAGUACCUUAACACAUAUCGUGGCAAUAUUUUUGUCAUAUUGUUUUGUUUAUGAAUGCCUAUGGUCAUUGUAGAGACUUACAUGGGCUGUGUCCCAGGUGCAUGCUUUAUUCAAGAGGUAGUCACAGAUCCAAAAUCUUGGAGAACCCACUUAAACUUCAUUUGCAUUAAUUCAUUUCUCAAAAAAGAUGCCAGAUCCAAAAUGUAGGUGAACCAGAGAGACUGAAAGAGAGAGAGCACUUUGACCUUGAACCUGAGAAGAAUGUGGCCCUACUUAAUCCAAUUAGAAAGACUGAGUAGAAUGUAGACCUGUCUGACUCUAGAAACCAGGAACCCAGUAGAUCUGUUAGGUCUUACUAUAUACUUCAACAAUGUAGAUUUGACGUUGUACUAAAGUUGGCAGUGCACUGUUGUGGAAGUUGGUGUACAAUAAUCCAAUGUACUCCUUUUUUUCCAAAGUCCAAAUGUGGUCAACUGGGCUUGCUUUGAGGUUCUUGAAAACAUUGCAACUCUCAUCCGAGGAGCUUCUUCAGCUUGACCUCUGCCUGACAACCACUUACUUUAAAAACAACAAGGGCUUUUGCAGACUUGAGCGUGGCUGUGUCUUGGGUUCUCCAGUGUCCUUAAUUGUGGCCAACCUGUACAUAAGACUGUGCAAGUCUGAGAUAAGUGCGCUUUUUAGAAUCAGCUUUAUUGGCCAAGGAUGUUUAGAAACACGAGGAAUUUGACUUCGGUACAGAAUCUCUCAACGUGCUUUGUAAGGCAACUUGAAAUAAAAAUAUAUAAAAAAAAUUUAAAUGUGUAUAUUCAAAUAGGGUGUAUGUGCAAUCAAACAGGAGAAAGAAUAGGAAAUAAAGAGAUGCAAUCUAUGGACCCACAUUAGAGAAGACUUGUCACCCAGUCUCUACAGAGUUUCUUUGCCUCAGCUGGGGAUAAAUGUGUCUGUUGCAGGAAUACAAUUGGGGGGCAACAUCAAAGUCCUGAAACCUAACUCCCAGCUCACUUACUUCUUACUUGCUGCUGGAUCACAUAAAGUCCAAAACUAGGCACAUUUCCCCUAUAAAAUUAUUUCACCAGUGUCACUCAUUUCCCAUUUUGCCAAUAUAUUCGAUCGCUGUCUUCGGGUUGUCAAAUCAUUUGUGUCCUCCAGUAGAUACAGCAGGGCAAACUUUAUAAUCCGAGCACGUAGAGCCUUCUUGCAUUCCCUGAAUUGCUCCCGUUUUGGCUGUGUAGUUCUGGCGAAAUCAGAAAUCGGUAAAUCAGGCCUAUUGGAGGCUUCACUGCAAUCGCCAUCUUGUCUGGUGGUCUGAGUUUGUAAACACUUCUUAAUAUCCCUUCUUAUAACCCAAAUCUCACAAUUUUUUUCUUCAAUAUUUAUUGCUUAGCCACUAUUCCACUGCCUGCUGCUACGACAACUACUACUGUUAAAGGUAAAAAUAUGGAGAUAUUAAUCUUUAUGAUAAUAUUUAUUUCAACAUACAUUAAGAACAUUAUCUAGAUGUUUUAUGGCGUAUUGCACAUUUCUUUGCAUUCUUCUGCAUUUAAUAAUAAUAACCAGUUUGUCUGUCAAGCACACCUUGACCCAGUUAUGCCUCAGCUUGUAUUUUGACAUUAGAACAACAAAUCAUUUCUUUUCACCUUAUUAUCAAUCUAAAAUAAUCCACUGCCAAAUGUAAGAGCUCUACUGUGGUGUGGCAUUAAUAAACAGGACAAGGUAAUCGGAUGAAUUAAACCAUGCUUGUCACCAUGCUAGUUUCUCCCCUAGGUGGCCAUAUUGCCAAUCGUGUCAUAUAGCUACCGCUCCUUUUUCAUGGCCUGCUGUUUAGGAAGUUAAUUAUGAGAAAAUUGACUGGAAAACAUGAGAAUAUUGAAUCAAAGUCUGAAUAUAUUGAAUGAAACUUGAGAAUAUUGAACAAAUUUAUGGAAUGAAACUGAUGUCAUCAAGGAGCAAGUGCCAUCUUGUGUUUUCAUUUGGUGUAAUACCUCGUGUAGCUAUAGGAAAAUAUCAGAAUGACUGAUUAAGCAAGGAAUUUAAAGGGAGUGAUCCUGAGAAAUGAAGAAAAAUAUUUUACACACUGGUGAAUGCGUAUACAGACCAAAGCAAUACCAUAAGUAUUGUCAGGUCAGAGUGGCUAUCUGCCAGCUCGGGCUCAGUAGAAGUUGGGUGGUGCAGCAGGAUAGUAACCCUAAGCCCCUAAAUCUAUUACAGAAUGGCUUCAGAACAAGAAAAUGUGUCAUAUGGACUGUCCCAGUCAGGGCCCAGACCUCUACCCAACACAGUUACUGUGGACUAAGCUCAGGAAGCUGUUUAUACCAGACAUCCUAGGAAUUUGGCUGAAGCAGCUAUGUGAGGAAGAAUGGUCCAGAAUUCCCCCUGAAUGUUGUGCAGGUCAACAGUUGUUUGAGGUUAAUGCUGCCAAAGGAAUUUCAGACAGUUAUUAAAUCCAAGGGUUCACGUACUUUUUCCAGUAGAAUUUUGAAUGUUUAAUGGCUCAGUUCAGUAAAGAUGCAUAUAAAUGAUAAUUGUUUGUGUAGUAUUAGCUUAAGCACACUGUGUUUGUCUCAGUUUGUGACUUAGAUGAAGAUCAGAUUGCAUUUUCUGAAUAAUUCAUGUAGAAAACUAAGUAAUUACCUCUGCCAAGGAGGUUAUGUU